UGAAGUUUUUCAUCUUUUACUCGCACUUAUAUGUCCUUAUGUAUGAAUAAGGUAAAAGAGUAAGCAAAAGUGUCUGCAGUAAAAGAAAGUAAGAAAAGAGUAAAAACGCAGAGCAGAAAGGGGUGACACGCGCUCACGUUUUGCAACGUCUCCCAAGUCCAAACAAGUAUAUACUUAUAGCCCAACGGCAGCUUGUGUACUUAUAGUAGGAAAUAUUUGUUGGUUUACAUAUUUUUAUUAAGUAAAGUACGGUGUGCAGAGAGAGUAUAUUCAUAUAGUUUUAACGUCACAUACAGUGCGCGCGUGUGUGUAUGCGUAUAAUUUAACCCCGAGAAAUAAGUAUAAUAUACUUAUGCGUGUACCCAAGAGAUAAUAAAAAGAGUGUAGUCGGGUUGGGCGAAGAGCUGUCGCUGUGCUGCGGAAGCAGCUAGGCUGGUCGUGGUGGUGCUGUCUUGGACGACUGCUGGCUCCGAAGCUAAGAAGAAGAGGAUGGCUGGCUUCACGGAGGGUGCCCUCGUGAAGAAGCUAAUGGAGCUCAAUCCGUCGCAGCAGAGCAUACAGACCCUCUCCCUCUGGCUGAUCCACCACAGGAAGCACCACUCGACCAUUGUCAAAGUCUGGUUCAAGGAACUCUGCAAGUCUAAGGACAACCGCAAAUUGAUGUUCAUGUAUUUGGCUAAUGAUGUCAUACAAAACAGCAAGAAAAAGGGUCCAGAAUUUGGCAAGGAGUUUGCUUCUGUUUUACCAAAGGCAUUUGAUCACAUGAAACACUUUGAUGAUAAAACAAGAGAUAAAGCAUGCAGACUAAUAAGUAUAUGGGAGGAGAGAGGAGUUUACGAUAAAUCACAAAUAGCAGAUUUUAGAGCAGCGUUUUUCAGUCCUAUUAACGAUAUUACCAAGGAACCUGGUACACCUCCAUUGCCAAGGAAGAAACCUAGAAUUGAAUUGGAAAAAAAAGAGAAGAAAGAAAGAAAGAAAUCCGAGACUGAAAUCGAAGUUGAUGGUACCAAAGAGCUGCAUGUAACAUUAAGCCCACGAACGCCAGGUGGUGAUCCACCAGAAACUGAGGAACUCAUCAAAGCGUUAAUGGAUCUUGAAAACACAGCAUCAUCAGAUGCUGCAGUAAGAGAGCGCAUAGCGUCCUUUCCACCGGAGGUCUCCGAAGUAUCUCUGCUGGCAAAUUUAGCAGAUCGCUCGGCAGCUGAUCACUUAAGCGUUGCUGUGAACGAAGCCGCAGCUUUACUUGCUGAUUACAAUGGACGAUUGCAGGCUGAAAUGGAAGACAGAAGGAGGCUACUCACAAUGCUGAGGGACUACACCGUAGCCCAGCGACAACUUUUGCAGCAAGCUCAGUCAACGCUAGAGGAUUACAAGGAAAAAUUGAAAAAGGUCUGUUCUGUGCGAGCGGAAGUUAAAUCGCACAUCUCCAAUCUUCCAGACUUGACGCAGUUACCAGAUGUCACAGGUGGAUUAGCACCAUUGCCUUCAGCCGGGGACCUGUUCUCCAUGCACCACUAAGCGAAUGUUCAAGCCAACAUAUUACGAAAAAGAAAAAAAACGUUUUUACACAUCAGUGGAAUUCGUAAAUUUAGUCGAGGUAAUGGGGAUGAAU